GCGGGAUUCGUUUGGUAAUCUUUUUAUUCUGAUGUCCAUUAUGUUCUCGGAAUAAAUCUUUUUAUAAUCGUUAUUUAAAUCCAAAAUAUUGUUGAAUAGACGUUAAGUGAUGACGAGUUUUCACAGUCAAAUUCGACCUUCCAAUCUUAUUUACUGGCAACCUGCUUUAGAACCUUUUAAUUUCAUGUAUUUAAUAUUGCACGCAUAUCAUUCAAUUUAAAGGGUAAAAGAGAGGUUUAGAUUGCAGUUGCAUUCUUUUUUAAACGGAUUCUUGGAAACUUAUUUAUUCGUUUUGAAGGGAGAGUGAAGGUAAUGAUUGAUUCCUAAUGCUUUGGAUAUCAAGAUGGAUGCAAAUGACCUUAAAUUCACAUGGAACGAAAUCACACAGGGUGUGACAACUACCAACAGUACGUCCGAUGAUGGGAACACCAGCCCUACCAUGGUGUUCUCUGUGAUCGGGGACUCCGACAGUUUCGUACCCAGACCCUGGCCAAAGACAGUGUUUCAGACAGCUCUCAUAGAGGCGGCGAAAAGUGGUGGAGAAACCUGGAUUUUGUACAAUGGAAAGAAACACGGACUAUCCAAAGUUGUAAGAGAGGCCUACAAAAACUACGAGGAUAUUGAAUUUAAAACCAGGGCUGCUAAAAAUAAAAUCAGUGAUCCAGACCGACAUGUCAAACUCGUUAAUAUUGCAGGAAAAGAGGUAUCUCAAAACACUUCAGAAAAAACCACGGAAUUCAAAACUACACUAGGGGAAGGGCAGGAAUUUCUGUUAGACUUUGAAAAAUUCGUGUCUGAACAAGACGUGUCCUUCUUUAGUCAGCAAAUGGACACCAAAAUGCCGGUUCCCAUAGCAACUAUCGUCUGUGAGGGAGACAUCGAGACGAUAGCUCAUAUUUCAAAGGCUCUCCAACACAAACUCCCAGUUAUCAUCAUGAAAGGAUCAGGAAUGGCCGCAGACUUAGUUGUCGACUAUCUAGAAAACAAAAAUUCACUUCGAAAGAAAGCCAGCAUUUUAUUGGGUAUUCGAUUUGAUGACACCACAUAUCAGGAGUUGAAAAAACAUUUGAAAAGCAUUGAUAAAGCUAAAGACUUGGUCGGAGUAUUUGACCUUGAAAGAGAUGACCCCUUAAUGCUGUCAAACAUUGUAGGGGAGACAGUAGUCAGUUGCUGGUCAAUAGAGAGUACUCUCCAAUCAUACACAAACGAGGGUGUUAAGAUACCAAAACAUGACAAAUCAAGUUUCCAUUCAGACGUCUCUCACACAGAAGUGAAUGAAAACACAAACAAGGGUUCAUCGCUGGCUUGGAAACUUCUGCGUCGAAAUUUCGUCAGCCCCGAGGAAAAGAUCAUAUAUCAAGUUCUUGAAGGUUUUAAGGAGUCUAAGCCAUAUGUCUUGAAUCCAAAAUACUCUACCCCUACGUCCCUGCCGUUGUACUUUUAUUUCGGAUAUCAGCUUUUACAAGAACUAGAACUGAUAGAAGAAUGUGGACCCGUACUUCUGUUGGAGGCAUUGAAGGCGAACAGAUGCGAUUACGUGAGGGUUUUGUUGGAUCGAGGAGUUCAUCUAAAGAUGAUUAAUUUACCAGAACUUUAUGAACAGACCGUUUCCUGCCAGAAAUGUAAGUUCAAAAGAAAAGAUUGUCUUCACAUGCAGUGGAUAUUAAAGCAAAUACAGGAGAAACAAGCAAAGAAACUCUGCCAUGAAUACAGAUCUAUGAUGAAGAAAAGAAUAAAGCACGGCAAUCAACAAAAUGCAAAAUAUAUUGUAGAAGAGCUUUCAGAAUUAUCAGUUUCUGUAGCAGAUGCAGCAACGGGGUUAUGUCGAAAACUGUUGCGAUACAAAGAAUAUAGCACUGACGAAUUCUCAGAAAAAGAAAAGUCACCAACAAUUUACGUAAACCUUAAAGAUACGACCAUUUCUGACAUUUUACUCUGGGCAAUUUUUGCAAAUCGAAAGGAAUUGGCAGAAAUAUGUUGGCUCAGAGGCGACAACCAUCUACUGACUGGACUAGUAUGUUCGGCAAUUCUUCGAAAACUUUCAAAAAAAGCCAGCAAUGUCAAGGAGCAAAUCUUAUCCAUUGAUUUGGAGGAACAUUCAAAAUUGUUCGAAGAACGGUGCAUUAGCAUAAUGGACAGUAUGUACCAAGAAGAUUCACAACACGCGAUAGAUUUGAUGGAUGACGAGGCAGUAGUUUGGGGAAUUCACUCGAGCCCAUUAACCUUUGCUUACGAGAAUUUCAUGUAUGACGUGGUGGCUCACACGUGCUCUCAAAAAUAUAUAAACAUCAAGUGGUACAACAACUUGGCUCCUGACCUAGUGCCUUUUUUACAGUCUGCCAUUAGAAAGCCGAAAAACUUCGUCACUGCUCCACUUACGAAAUACAUCUUUAAUUAUAUGGUGUUUUUGACAGUCUUGGUAAUGUACAGCUCAUUCGUACUGACAAGUAUUGAAAAGAAUUAUUCUGAAGUAUUCCUCGCAAGAGUGUUUGAAUAUUUUGUAUACCUCUGGGGAUUAGGGGAUUUGAUUGAAGAAACCAUCAGCUGUUUUGGCUGUCUAGAGGCUAGAGGUCGCUCCCACAGAGGUUACUAUUCACGAAUGAAGAGAUAUCUGUAUGACUUCUGGAAUGGGGUUGACUUACUUUCCUAUGCAUUGCUUAUUGUGGCGCUGUUUGUACGUCACGUGCAUCAAUCUAAACCCUUUACUGACGCAAGACGCAUAUAUGCUCUCUCCCUGUUGGUCAUGUACUUGAGGUUUUUGGAAGUUUUUCUAAUCCAUAGAAAAUUGGGACCCACGCUAAUUAUGAUCAAGGAGAUGCUGAAAGAUCUUCUGAGGUUCCUCUUUAUUGCCGUAUUUGUGGUGUUGGGAGUAGGUAUAUAUUACCACACCAACCUAUGGCCUGACUACGAAGCAAUGUGGGACGGGGGCUGGCAAAACUGGAGAAUAUGGACAAUUCUAUACUACCCAUACUGGCAACUGUAUGCAGAAAUAAACCUCGAUCAUCUUGAUGGUAGUAAUGAAAGCAAUUGUACUAGUGUGACUUCAGCAGAUUCCUCGAAAUGUCCACGGGAAGAUUGGACGGUUCAGGCAAUAGCAGCGAUCUACAUGUUAUUUUCAAAUUUCCUGUUGGUGAAUCUUGUCAUCGCCAUGUUUAGCUACACAUUUGAGAGGGUACAGGAGAACUCGGAAAAGCUGUGGAGAUUUGAGAGAUACACCGUCAUCAAUGACUACGACUGGAGGAUUCCCUCUCCUAUUAACCUUGUCUUUCUUCCAUACCGCUUGUUUCGCUAUUUAGCGAAACAUGAUUGUUGUUCACCACACUGUAAACGGAGAGUGAAGAUGGAUGCAAAUGACCUUAAAUUCACAUGGAACGAAAUCACACAGGGUGUGACAACUACCAACAGUACGUCCGAUGAUGGGAACACCAGCCCUACCAUGGUGUUCUCUGUGAUCGGGGACUCCGACAGUUUCGUACCCAGACCCUGGCCAAAGACAGUGUUUCAGACAGCUCUCAUAGAGGCGGCGAAAAGUGGUGGAGAAACCUGGAUUUUGUACAAUGGAAAGAAACACGGACUAUCCAAAGUUGUAAGAGAGGCCUACAAAAACUACGAGGAUAUUGAAUUUAAAACCAGGGCUGCUAAAAAUAAAAUCAGUGAUCCAGACCGACAUGUCAAACUCGUUAAUAUUGCAGGAAAAGAGGUAUCUCAAAACACUUCAGAAAAAACCACGGAAUUCAAAACUACACUAGGGGAAGGGCAGGAAUUUCUGUUAGACUUUGAAAAAUUCGUGUCUGAACAAGACGUGUCCUUCUUUAGUCAGCAAAUGGACACCAAAAUGCCGGUUCCCAUAGCAACUAUCGUCUGUGAGGGAGACAUCGAGACGAUAGCUCAUAUUUCAAAGGCUCUCCAACACAAACUCCCAGUUAUCAUCAUGAAAGGAUCAGGAAUGGCCGCAGACUUAGUUGUCGACUAUCUAGAAAACAAAAAUUCACUUCGAAAGAAAGCCAGCAUUUUAUUGGGUAUUCGAUUUGAUGACACCACAUAUCAGGAGUUGAAAAAACAUUUGAAAAGCAUUGAUAAAGCUAAAGACUUGGUCGGAGUAUUUGACCUUGAAAGAGAUGACCCCUUAAUGCUGUCAAACAUUGUAGGGGAGACAGUAGUCAGUUGCUGGUCAAUAGAGAGUACUCUCCAAUCAUACACAAACGAGGGUGUUAAGAUACCAAAACAUGACAAAUCAAGUUUCCAUUCAGACGUCUCUCACACAGAAGUGAAUGAAAACACAAACAAGGGUUCAUCGCUGGCUUGGAAACUUCUGCGUCGAAAUUUCGUCAGCCCCGAGGAAAAGAUCAUAUAUCAAGUUCUUGAAGGUUUUAAGGAGUCUAAGCCAUAUGUCUUGAAUCCAAAAUACUCUACCCCUACGUCCCUGCCGUUGUACUUUUAUUUCGGAUAUCAGCUUUUACAAGAACUAGAACUGAUAGAAGAAUGUGGACCCGUACUUCUGUUGGAGGCAUUGAAAGCGAACAGAUGCGAUUACGUGAGGGUUUUGUUGGAUCGAGGAGUUCAUCUAAAGAUGAUUAAUUUACCAGAACUUUAUGAACAGACCGUUUCCUGCCAGAAAUGUAAGUUCAAAAGAAAAGAUUGUCUUCACAUGCAGUGGAUAUUAAAGCAAAUACAGGAGAAACAAGCAAAGAAACUCUGCCAUGAAUACAGAUCUAUGAUGAAGAAAAGAAUAAAGCACGGCAAUCAACAAAAUGCAAAAUAUAUUGUAGAAGAGCUUUCAGAAUUAUCAGUUUCUGUAGCAGAUGCAGCAACGGGGUUAUGUCGAAAACUGUUGCGAUACAAAGAAUAUAGCACUGACGAAUUCUCAGAAAAAGAAAAGUCACCAACAAUUUACGUAAACCUUAAAGAUACGACCAUUUCUGACAUUUUACUCUGGGCAAUUUUUGCAAAUCGAAAGGAAUUGGCAGAAAUAUGUUGGCUCAGAGGCGACAACCAUCUACUGACUGGACUAGUAUGUUCGGCAAUUCUUCGAAAACUUUCAAAAAAAGCCAGCAAUGUCAAGGAGCAAAUCUUAUCCAUUGAUUUGGAGGAACAUUCAAAAUUGUUCGAAGAACGGUGCAUUAGCAUAAUGGACAGUAUGUACCAAGAAGAUUCACAACACGCGAUAGAUUUGAUGGAUGACGAGGCAGUAGUUUGGGGAAUUCACUCGAGCCCAUUAACCUUUGCUUACGAGAAUUUCAUGUAUGACGUGGUGGCUCACACGUGCUCUCAAAAAUAUAUAAACAUCAAGUGGUACAACAACUUGGCUCCUGACCUAGUGCCUUUUUUACAGUCUGCCAUUAGAAAGCCGAAAAACUUCGUCACUGCUCCACUUACGAAAUACAUCUUUAAUUAUAUGGUGUUUUUGACAGUCUUGGUAAUGUACAGCUCAUUCGUACUGACAAGUAUUGAAAAGAAUUAUUCUGAAGUAUUCCUCGCAAGAGUGUUUGAAUAUUUUGUAUACCUCUGGGGAUUAGGGGAUUUGAUUGAAGAAACCAUCAGCUGUUUUGGCUGUCUAGAGGCUAGAGGUCGCUCCCACAGAGGUUACUAUUCACGAAUGAAGAGAUAUCUGUAUGACUUCUGGAAUGGGGUUGACUUACUUUCCUAUGCAUUGCUUAUUGUGGCGCUGUUUGUACGUCACGUGCAUCAAUCUAAACCCUUUACUGACGCAAGACGCAUAUAUGCUCUCUCCCUGUUGGUCAUGUACUUGAGGUUUUUGGAAGUUUUUCUAAUCCAUAGAAAAUUGGGACCCACGCUAAUUAUGAUCAAGGAGAUGCUGAAAGAUCUUCUGAGGUUCCUCUUUAUUGCCGUAUUUGUGGUGUUGGGAGUAGGUAUAUAUUACCACACCAACCUAUGGCCUGACUACGAAGCAAUGUGGGACGGGGGCUGGCAAAACUGGAGAAUAUGGACAAUUCUAUACUACCCAUACUGGCAACUGUAUGCAGAAAUAAACCUCGAUCAUCUUGAUGGUAGUAAUGAAAGCAAUUGUACUAGUGUGACUUCAGCAGAUUCCUCGAAAUGUCCACGGGAAGAUUGGACGGUUCAGGCAAUAGCAGCGAUCUACAUGUUAUUUUCAAAUUUCCUGUUGGUGAAUCUUGUCAUCGCCAUGUUUAGCUACACAUUUGAGAGGGUACAGGAGAACUCGGAAAAGCUGUGGAGAUUUGAGAGAUACACCGUCAUCAAUGACUACGACUGGAGGAUUCCCUCUCCUAUUAACCUUGUCUUUCUUCCAUACCGCUUGUUUCGCUAUUUAGCGAAACAUGAUUGUUGUUCACCACACUGUAAACAAAUUAGCAUCUUGGAACAAAAGAAGAAGGAAAAGAGAAAAAGAGAGAAAAACGAAGCAUAUCAGAGGAGUCUUCAAAAAAUAACAGCACUUAGAAACCACAGUAAACUAUGAUCAAUUUCACAAGGACACCAUGAAACAUACUUACCCUUUAAUAGGGUAUAAACAUUAAAGUAACUGAAGCAUAAAGGAUGAAAGGAUUAUAAAAAUCAAUGUUUAUUGCCAAUACAAAUUUAUUUGUUUGCUUUUCUUUACUCUAUGUCCGUCCAGUGAGAAUUUAUGUUCGGCUACUUGGCCGGCGCUUCGCCUACUCAUUUAGAUAUUUCAUAAUUUUUAAUACCGACACUGCGUUUUGUAAGGUCUAACACUAUUUGGAGUAGUUGUCCUUUAAUUAAUUCUAAAUUAGAGUAAUUGCCCUUUGAAUUGACCUUCGAGCUGAAAAAAUGACACCGUCAAAUUCCUCAAAACUAUUCGGAGGAAAAGGAGAAAGCGUUAAAAUUUGAAAAGCAACAAAACAUUAUAAGAAAUCAACAGUGUAGUGAAGAAAUAGUAUUUAAAAGGUGCGAUAAAUAAUUUUGAAGCAUUUAGUUGAGUAAAACUGGACACGAUGUAAGGCCGCUCAUUGCUUGUUGUAAACAUGUCUCACUUGA